CGCCGAGAAGAGGGCAUGUGUUGUUCAUCGGUGCAUACCGGUGGGAAGUUUGUCGCUCGAAGAUGGUCGCCACCGCGCUCCAUUUCGGAGCCAUUCCGACUCUAAUUCCCGUAAAUAACCUAGCUAGGGUUUCCAAAGAGGGGCGAAGGGGACCCUCCACCACUCCGUCUUCGGCUGGUCCCCUAUUUCGAUCGGGUUGGAGGAUUUCGCGAGCCCCGGCGACGGCCCCAAUCAUACGGGCUGCUGCCGAGGUGCAGACCACCGAGGAUGCUCUUGUGAAAGUCUCGACGGCGGCCGAUGUGGUGAGGGAGUUCUACGACGGGAUUAAUCGCCGGGAUCUUUCAGCCGUGGAGCCGCUGAUCUCAGAGGAUUGUGUCUACGAGGAUCUGGUCUUUCCCCGACCUUUUGUUGGACGCAAGGCUAUUCUCGACUUCUUCAAAAAGUUCACAGAAUCGGUCAGUGCUGACCUUCAGUUUGUUAUCGAUGACAUAUCUAACGAAGAUUCAUCGGCUGUUGGAGUUACAUGGCACUUGGAAUGGCGGGGCAGGCCUUUCCCAUUUAGCAAAGGGUGCAGCUUCUACAGUUUGCAGUUUCGGGAGGGCAAGAGACAGAUAGUCUAUGGGAGAGAUUGUGUGGAGCCUGCUGCCAAGCCUGGGGAUUCAGCAUUGGUAAUUAUCCAGGGAGUAUCAUGGAUACUUAAGCAAUUUCCACAACUUGCUGAUUGGCUCUGAUAAAGGUCUCCUCUUUCACCCUGGAUAUGUAAAAUACAAAUGUAUGUAGAAUGUGUAUCUGAAUAUAGUCCCUUGUGCUCCAUGUAUUUGAAACUCUUAGCAUAUGUUUUGCACAGGCAUGUUUCUUAGAUUCACUUGAUUAUAACAAGGAAGUUUAAUUGACUUUUUA